UACAAUUCGUUUGUAUACAUCUCUUCCAGUAUGCUGAUUUACGGCAAGGCUUGCAUUCCCUUACGGCUCUCAGAAAAAGGAUGCGAUCAGUGGAAUAUUGCGCCUUUAAAAAAGAUGUGGGGCAAGCUAAUAGAGGCUGCAUGUGAACCAUCAGACUGGAACUGCCUUCUUGAAGCAAAGUGCGACGCCCCAACAAUAUCCGACGCGAACACUGAUUGCUACAAAACAUAUAACCAGGAACACGGCGUCGAUACUCGAAAGCCUAGUGACCCACUUGAACCAAGUGGGGAUGUGGAACUACUCUGCUGUAUGUUAAAAUACAACAAGUAUUGCGUUCCGAAACUCCUAGAAGAAAAAGGGUGCCACCCCGACACUGUUCUACAUUCUGGUACGGCGAUAGAGACUAGAAUGAAAACAACCUGUCCAUCGUCCAAACCGAAGUGCGUCCCUCCACCACUGUGCAAUGAUAAAACCUUAUCAGACGCCAGGCUCAUUUGCGAGCAAAGAUAUAAAGAAGCACACGAACCAACAGGCCCGAAACGUCGUGCAGACCUACAACCUAGAGAUCUGAGCCGGGAAGAGAUGCACAAAGAACAUUGCUGUGUAAUGGAAUACAGCAGGGAUUGCGUUCUGGGAUAUCUAAAAGAACACGGAUGCAGUGAUCCAGAUUUUCUUGAGAUUUUUCUCGAGAAUAUACGGACCGAAUGUGGAGCAUCCAAGUGGAACUGUACAGAGUGCAAAAGAGAAGAUAUGGUUGAGAGAUUUUCUGAGGCCGACGCUGAGUGCGAUGCGAGGUACAGACAAGAAUAUGGUCUCACUACCGGAAAACCCACAGAUUUGGUUCCCGAUACGACCAGAUGUUGUAUGUUGCUUUACGGCAAGGACUGUGUUCCCCUUCGACUCGUAGAAAAAGGAUGCGAUGCUUGGAUUCUCGCAAGUUCCGAAGAAAUGUGGAGCAAGCGAAUAUUGGCUGCAUGUGACCCAUCGACCUCGAAGUGCUUGCAGUGCAAUCAAAAAACUAUAUCCGAUGCCGAAUAUGUGUGCUUCAGGAAGUACGAACAGGAACAUGGCAUUAUUGCUAGAGGCCUGAUGUCCGGCAAUGACAGAGGACUGUGCUGCCCGUUGAUCUACAAGAGGAAUUGUGUUCCAGACCAAUUAAAACCUAAAGGAUGUGGGGAACAGCUUAUUCAGAAUUAUGUUGCAAAUAUACAGCUUGCAAUAACAAACCUAUGUGCAGCAUCUAUCUGUACCGUUUGCCCUCAAGGAUUACUAGACAGUGCAAAGAGUACCUGCUACAGCAAUUACCAAAAGGAUAAAGCUGCCUCCCAACUGCAUUGUUGUGUGAUCGAAUACAGCAGUACUUGUGUUCCGGAACUACUCGCAAGACAAGGAUGCGAUGAGACGGUUCUUCUUCAACGGUUCUUCAAGGAAAUCAACGCUGACUGUGCGGCAUCGUGGCCAGUCUGCUUGGAGUGCAAUCAAAAAGCAAUAUCAGAUGCGGAAGAUGUGUGCUUGAGGAAAUACGAACAGGAACACGGCAUCAUUUCUAGAGGCCUGAUGUCCGGCAACGACAAACGACUGUGCUGCAUGUUGGAGUACAAGAAGAAUUGUGUUCCAGACCAAUUAAAACCAAAAGGUUGUGGUGAACAACCUCUUCAAAAUUAUGUUGCAAAGAUGCAGAGUGAAAUGAGAGACCAAUGUGCAGCAUCGAACUCGAUGUGUGCCAUCUGUCCUACAGGAUUACUAGACAGCGCAAAGAAUACGUGCAACAACAAUUAUCAGAAGUUGCAAGACGCAUCCAAACUGCAUUGUUGUGUUAUGGAAUACAGCAAGACUUGUGUUCCGGAAAUACUCGAAAGACAAAGAUGCGAUGAGACGUUUCUUCUUGAGCGGUUCUUCAAGGACAUCAACGCUGACUGUGGAACAUCGAAGCCAGUCUGCGACGUUGCAUCAAAGUGCCCAAACAAAACGUUAUCACUUGCACAGACUGUCUGCGAAGAAAGCUUUAUGAGGGAACACGGCCUAGUCCUUCCCCCCGAAUAUGUGAACAAAGAGGCGAACAAAUGGUACUGCUGUAUGAUGCAGUACAGCCAGAAUUGCCUUCAGGACACGCUGAAACAACAAGGAUGCGAUUCCGAAGACUUUUUGCAGGGGUUCACUCGGAAAGUUGAGACUCAAUGUGGAACGUCCAAGUCGUUCUGCUCUGCUCAGUGUAAUAACAACACGUUAUCCCAUGCCCAGUUUGCGUGCAGCGAGAGAUAUAUGCAGAUCCAUGUGCUGAAUCCUGAAAAACCGGGACAAUUGAGCCCGGAUGCUCAGAAACGUUACUGCUGUAUGAUGGAAUACAGCAAGACUUGUCUACCGGAACUACUCAAACAACAAGGAUGUGACGACACGGGUUUUGUUCAGCUCUUCAUCCAACGAAUAAAUAGAAAAUGUGGAACAUUUAAAUUGGACUGCGUCCCUGUACCGAAGUGCGACCCAAAAGCAGUAUCCAAUGCAGAGAACGAUUGCGCCACAAAAUACAAGCAGUUGUACGGCCUUACUACGCGAAAACCUGAUGAGAAGCAAAAGCCGGCAGGUCUGAGCCCCGAGAGUGACAAGCAGUGGUGCUGUUCCAUGGAAUACAGCACGAAUUGUGUUACGGAAGUACUAAAGGACAAGCGAUGCGGUGAUGAAUUCAGCGCAUCUUUUCUUGAGCAGAAAAAGAAGAUAAUGGCAAAUCUGUGUGGUACGUCGAAAUUGGACUGUGAAUUCGACAAAAGCAAGAGUGCUGGGUGCAUUAAGUAUCCAGCAUGGACUCUGGCAGCAGCCGUCAUUGUGGCUUCAGUGAUGAAGGUAGUGUGACGUCAGUUGUAGUGAAAAAAGGAUCUACUGGUUUCCAUUUCGCUUGUUCUGGCCAAUUGAUCACAAUAAAUAUGGUUGUGUGACCGA